GGUGGGGAUGUGGACAUUUUGAGGAGGCUUGUGGUUUCAAGACGGAUUGUUGUGUUUUGUCUUCAUGAAUUCUAUCAAUUUUAAGUGAAAUAAUGGCAGGCUACCGCCGCGUUAGUUAUUAUGAUCUCUGUCGGCUGUGCACCGCGAGCGAUGGGACGAAAAUGCACAUUUUCCGUGAGGAAGGACGUAGGAGACAAAUCCCCACCAAGAUACAGCUGUGCCUCCCUCUCCAGAUCAAUGAAGACGACUCAUUACCUAAAAGCAUUUGCAACAACUGUGCGGAUAAAUUGGAAUCUUUCUACAAUUUUCGGGAAUCUUGUCUCACAGCUGAAGCAAUGCUAGAAGGGUUUCAAGAUUUUAAACGGGAAGGAAUGGUUUAUGUCAAAGACGAGACUCUAGUCAAGGCAGAGACCUCUCAACUCCCAAAAGAGGAGGACUCUCCGAAUAAUGUCCAGGUUGUGGAGACUAGUUGUAUGGUUCCGGUUUCUGUGGAAGGACUUCAGAAUCUUGUGCAAGCAGGUGCUGUCCACAUCAUCAAUGACCCAGCCUCUGACAAAGGAUUGCAGUAUAAAAUUCCAAUUCCACUACAGUUACAAUGCGGCACAACGGUGAUUGACUCAUCACAACAGAUACGAUACAACAUAGCAGAAGUCAGUCCUCAGACGGCCAAAAGUGUGCAGGAAGCAUCUCAACUUCUGCAAACUGCAAACCACAAAGAAUCACAAAACUUCUCAGAAAAAGCAUCACACAAUUCGGGAACUCAAACAGACAGUAACCGGGAGGUAGUCAUUAGUCAAGCAGCGCUAAACAAUGAUAUGUUUGUGCAAUUUGCGAAUUUUAAAGACUCUCACGCGCCCCAGGAUGAAAUCGUUCAUAGAGCAAAUAUCACUGGAAUCGCAAAUAUUGGUGAUUACUUGCGGCUAAAAAUGGACGAGCCCCACCAUGAACUUGCAGACGAGGCCAAAGACAUUGAAUGCGGCCGAUGUGGAAAACGCCUCUCAAGUUCGGAAGUCACAGAACAUUGCAUAUCAUGUUUUGAUCAACAGCCAACAACUAUCAUCAGUGAGCACCCUGCGCCACAACAUAUCCAGGAAAAAAUUCCGGAGCAAGGCACGGUGCGGAACGUCGAGGCCAUUUCCAUUCAGUACACAUGUGAGAUUUGUGGUAGGAUAUUCAAAAAGAAGGAAUUGUUUGAAGAACAUCAUAAAUCUCAUGCUGAUGAUUCAAUGAGAAUCAUAUUUUCUCCUGCAGAAAGUGAUACUCACCUGAGCGAAUUUGUGCGGGUCCCUUCAAAACCAGAGGCUGCGAAUCACCUGUCUUCCCAAGACCAAGUCAAUUCAGUGGUCGUCUCUUACGCAAACCAAGUUAGUGGUGAUGAAAUGAGCCCGCAGGUGUCUCAAGACUUUUUAGCAACGGAAAUAAAGGCUGAGGACCAAAACCAAUCUCAAGCCACCGUCGCGUGUGAUGUCUGCGGAAAGCCGUUCAAACGAAAAGAACAUCUAUUCCAGCACCGGAAAUUACACUCAGGAGAGCGACCGUUUGUCUGCAGCACAUGUAACAAAGCCUUUGGUCGCAAAGAGCAUCUACUGAGGCAUAUGUUAGCGCACACUGGGCAGAAGGUUCAUGACUGCGAUCUUUGCGGGAAGUCUUUCAGCCGGAAAGACAACUUACUGAAACACAAGAAAAUCCAUGGUAUAUCUGGACCUUUUAGCUGUGAAAUCUGUGGCAAAUCAUUUGUUGUGAAGCAUUACUACAUGUUGCAUUUGAAUUGUCACCAAAAUGAACAAAAUGGGGAAGACCCAGAUAACCCUCUGCGCUGCGAUGUGUGCAAUAAGGUGUUCAGUGACAAAAGUCACCUGCUAACACAUAAAGCGCGCCACCGCAGCCGAGGGAAGAUCCAGCAGCGCCUGCCACAACGCCAGCAAUCACAGGAUCAGUCGCCCCAUGAUCAACAGCAGCAACAGGCACAGCCGCAGCAAUCUCAGCAGCCACAACAAACGCAACAGACACAAGUUCAGCAGAGUGAAAUGCAAUCCCAAUUGACGCAGGUUGUGCAGUGCCAGUCACCAGUUGCGGCUACUUCAAGCUCUAAUGAGGAAAAUCAAGAUCCUCUCUCUACAGUCAAUACAGCAGCCAUUUUAGCCCCUAGCAUUCUGCACACAAGCUCAGCGCAGGUUUUUCAGAUGCCCACCGGAACAACGUACCUCUGCACCCCGACCAUCACCUCAAAUCAGUUCAUUGACAACCUCCGUAGACUGAGUUCACCAGCAACUUGAUUUAUAAUCUACGAAGGUAAAGGAUGAACAAGCAGAAGCUCUUAAAGCAAACAUGAGAGCUUUCUUAAAUCAAAACCGUACUUAUAAUCAAGUUUUGCCAAUUUUCCGCUGGUCCUUGAAACUUCGGAAAUCAUUCCCUCGCCGGUCCUCUGAAGAAAAUCAGAAUGGCUUAGCUUGUGAAACAGCAAGGCAGUGGCAAGAAAUUUUUGCAGGGUUGUAAUAUAGUUUUUCCUCCGUAAUUGGUGAAAAAAUGAAAAGUUCAAAAAAUCAUUUCUUAGGGGAGAAAAAGCUAAUCAAAAUCCGACCCGUUUAAAUGUCACUCAUCAAUCGAGUUGAUAAAGUAAGGGGAUGCCAUAAGACGAGUUCAGUCAAUCAGCAAACACUGUUUCUUCCGCUUGGCUACAUCAUCAGCACCCGCUAAAAAUAUGAUUUCAGAUGGAUUUCAUUCUUGGCGUUUUCAAAACGGAGUACCUUGGUCUUUUAGAAUUGAAAAAAGCUGACGAAUUCCUAGAAAUUUAGUUUACUCCAGACUUUCAGAAAAUGAAUUGAAAAAAAGGUGGGUGCCACUGACACAUUGUAGAAGUAGCAGAGCACCUAAAUUAAGAAGAAGCUGAGUAUUAUUUUGAUCCGAGCAGAUCUGAGUUACCAAGAUCAUAACGGUAGAUGACACAUUUUAAUAUAGUGGUGGUGCUCAAAGUUUAUGAUGUGUCAUCUCUUAUUUACGCAUCAAUUUUUCUUUGUAACCCCAAAGUAUGAUUUCAAAUUGAAUUUCGGUUUUUAUUUUAUUGUCGGACGAGGUGGUAAAACUUGUGUCUGCAAAAAGCCCUGGAAAGAGCUCUCAAAUAUGUAGUUUCAUAUCAUAUUAUGUACUUUUCGAAAUGAGUGAUCCUUUAUUUUUCAGAUCAUUCUCUCAGCUUGUUUGUAGAGUUGCAGUAUAUUUCAGUGUGUACCAGCCCCCUGAUUUAUUGAUCAGGUAAUAUGUAUUUAGUUUUUUAUUAUUUUUCAAUUUUUGUAAGAUAAGUAGAAAUUAAGCCAGCCUUUUGAGCUUCUCAAAAUGUUGACCCUCAUCGAAAAAUCAGCAGUAAAACUGCUUGGUGAUUUUCAGCCUUAAUUUUGGUCUUUCGAUUGAGUUGAGAAGAUAGUCACAUUGAUUUUUCUUGGUAUGAUACAAGGUGCAGCGCUUCUACCGUCAGGGAAACCUGAAAUAAUCUGACCAACUCAUUCCUGUACAUUGACGAGUUAACUGUCUUGCUUAAAGCACAAAUUCCAUAUUAUUCUGAUUACUCAAAAAUACAUAUCUGUACAUUAGCGCUUAAAAAUGUUUCUGCGUUCUAAAAAGGAAAUUGUCAGCAAUGACUCAACACUCUGCGUCAUCAUGAUAAGGAGUUGCGCAAUAUCAGUGGUAAUGUAAAGUGCAAGUGAUUUUGAUUGGACUUAAAGAAAUAUUUCUAAUAUUUUAAAGCAUCAUAAAAAACUUAUGAAACAAUGUUAAAUUGAAUGACUCGGACAGUAAUAGUAAUGUUAAUUUGAAUGGCUCUGACAGGAAUAGUAAUGUUAAAUUGAAUGACGCGGACAGGAAUAGUAUUGUUAAAUUGAAUAACUCGGACAGGAAUAGUAUGAUUAUGAAAGGCCAUAACUUUUAAACUCAGUGAGAGGUAACAAGGAAUGGAAAUCCCGAGAAUAUAUGUAAAUAUAAAAAUCCUCCUUUUUAUUUUUUUAAUAGUUUUUGUGAUCACUAUUUAUUUCUCCCACAAAGAAAAUUUUGUAUUUAAUAUCAUUAGGGGUGCUGAAAUCCCAACAAGCUUUUUUUUUUUUGUAUUUGUGAAUGAACAUUUAGUCCAUUCAUGAAGAGUCUCUUCAUAGGGAGAGUUAUGCCUUGAGGAAUCAAUUUCUGAUUUGUCUCGUUUUUUGGCUGUACUUAAGACACAAUCGGGCAGAAACAACACAAAUCACAUCAACAAACGGCACAAUCACUUUCUCAUCAUUUACAAAGAUUGCAGGGUUUCUACUGCUCGGAAAAAACAGGGAAAACACAGGGAAUUCGACAUUAACUUUCAAAUUUAAAAGAAUUAGAGUUUCUCUAUAUGAAUUCAAUGAAAAGAGUUACUCGGAACGAGACUUUAAAAGCGAAAGUGGCGUGCUGUCUCCUUUCAAUUUUAAAUUCCUAUUUACAGCCAAUAGCUUUGCUGAUUUCUUGGAUAAAUAACUAAGUUGUCGGCGACCAUAGUCUUAGAAGAGUUGUUAAGUUAAACCUUUGCGACGGAUACGUUUUAGUAAAGUUAUUUUUCAUAAAUAUUGCAGGGAAAAGACAGGGAACACUCAAGGAAUUUAAAAAUUGAAAAAAGUAGAAACCCUGAGAUUAUAAACCAAUAUGAACCAAGAGAAAGGACGAAAGAAAGCCAAGAAUGAUUCGAACAAGGAUUACCAAAACACAUUAUCACUUGAAUCAUCUUUGCGCCAGUUUGUGACAUCAAGGACCUCAGAUGAUUUAACUCUCCCUAUCAAGGGACUUUUCAUUCAUCUAUGUUGAUCCACCGAUGUUAUAAUAUGUUGAAUCUCCCAAUACGAUAGGAUGGAAAUUUGCAUCCUUUGAAUUGUUGUUUCAUCUUUCAGGUGUGCGUUAUGUACAUAGAAUCCUGUUUUGACGGACUGUAACCAUUAAAACAGGCUUCUUUGACAGACACAACUGACCUAAUCUAUUGUUAGUUUCUCAAGCUUACUGUAUUCUGGUCAGAUAACAAACUAAUUUGAGUCUACCAAUAUUUGUGGAAGAACUUCUCAAAUUUUUUUUAAAACUUUUCCUCAGAGGUGAAUAUUUUAACUCAUCACAAACCUUUUAGGAUUUGUGCUGGUGACUUUGUACAAAUUGUAAACGCACCAAAAAAAUCAUCCUUUGUAUUAUUUGUAAGUAUUUUGACUUGUAAUUUAGUGUAAAUUUUAGGGGUAUGUGCAUGAUAAGCCGUUCGUGUAAAGUCCCUGACCCAUUGUGAUUAUCGUGAAAGAAGACUGUGAAUAUUUUGAUCCUGAUUUGAUUUCUGAUUUCAACUUUACUUCCUUUUUUGUUUUCUUACUUUUAUAACUAUAUUCUAGUUGACUUCAAUGUGGUUGUCAGGACUGUAUUCAAAUGUGGCUCUUUUUUUAAGUGUUUGAUAUUUAUGCAAAAAGAUCUCAUUGAUUUUGGAAGAAUGAUUACAACUUUAGAGCAUUUUCUUUCGCCGGAAUUUCACGCUGAAGAUGGAUAGCUGAAUGUAGGACUCAUCGGUCGAUAGUUGAGUGCUUCCCUGAAUUUUGCACAUAUUCAGGGCACCGAUGAGAAUCGGGGUUCAGCAGUCAUCAGUCUGUCUGAACUUUUUUAAUUAAUCUGUUGUAAAUGUAAGUAAAAGAAGACUCAAUAUUGGGAAUUUUUGACUGCUGAGUAAUGAUCGAUAUCUCCCAUUUUCAACUUCUAAAUUCAGGUUGUGAUUCUGGCUUGUGUAGUGAAAUACCAUGUGAAAUAGUUCGUAUCAGAGAUCAAAAUUUCUGGGAAAGCUUUGUGACGAGAACAGGAAUGCUCUGGAACGAUCUUGGGUACUCCCCAAAUUAUUAGUAUUUUUGGCUGUUGGUGUUUCUCCAUUUAAGUUCCUCAGCGACAGAGAUUUCAGACUGAUAUUCAUCAAGGGAACGUACCCUUUUUGAUUCUGAGUCAUGGCAUCUGUAGCUGAAUCGUCCUCCACAAAAUCUGAUCUUUUUUCCUCAGUACUGACGAUGAUUCCUCUAAAAAGAAAGUAUCACUGACAGUAAUCAAACUUUUUUAAGUUUGAAAUCCUGUUUGUUGUAUUUGUCUUUGCUGCAGUGAGAUUCCAGCUCUAACGGCUGAACUUGAAAGCUAUUCUAAAACAUUGAAUUAGAAGUCAGGAGAAACAACUUGAAAUUUUGUAAAUCUUGUCUUAGUUUGUAAGCUCUAAUAGACCACCGCAUUGAAGUCACAUUGAAUUCAGCAGAGAGAAGUUAUUUGUCUACGCCUCUCUAAAAUCUUCACCUAAAAAAACCUAAUUUCAACCACUUUUUUAUGAUUUGUGAGCAAAUUGUCAAACUGUAGAUUCUCUACAAUUUUCAAGUAUCAGUAGAUAUCCUGAGUCGACAAGAAGGUUUGAAGAGACUCCCAGUAACGGCUUGUAAAAUUUUCAGUCAGAACCUAAAUUGUUUCUUGAAGCUUGAAAAUGAAUUGCUAAAAUUCGAGUUUCUGUUCUGAUGGAGAGAAAAGAAGCGCUAUACUCCUUUCUAAAAAAAAGGCCCAUUUGAUGUUCUACCUCUUUCUAAAAAAGGGCCCAUUUGAUGUUGUCUACCGAAUUUUAGGUAUCAAAAAUGUAAUUUCUUCUUUUGAAGGUUUUAAAUGAAAUUUUCAAAGUUCCUUCAGUCUGCCUCAAAUUUUACCACAGUAAAAUAUUCUCUAUUUUUUAAACGAACUAAACUUAAUAUCAGUCGAGGUGAAACGAGAAUAAUUUGCUCCUUUUCAUAAAUCCCUCUUUGCUGGGUUUAAAAAGCCACAAUAAGUGUAAGUUAACUGUUGUUUUUUUUUAUUUUAUUUUACCUAGUAUAUUUAAUUAUCAUUCCAUUUUUUAUCAACUAAUCAUAGCUUUCAAUUUUAUAGUCAGCCUCUUUCGCAAUUUUUUCUUCCUCCUUUUGCAAAGAAUCACUCAAGGGAUGAAGAUCUCAGAAGUUGGUCCCUUGUUAGCUUCUCUAAUUGGUUGAAAGGUCCUCUUUUUUUCUGUAUUUUUUUUUAUUCAAUCGAAUUUAUGUUACUGAAUUGAAAUUCUUUCAGUUUCCUAUGUUUUGGAGAAAAGUCUUUUCAAAACUGCAUCUGAGGUAGAGGAAAAAUUGGCUGAUCAUUAAAUCAUUGUUUUGAGUUAGUUCAAUUUUGAAAAGACAGUUUAUUUUUACCGGACUUUUUUUUCUUUGAGGAAUGUUUUCUAUUUUAUUGAGUAUCUAUAAAAAAGCUGCAAGCAUAAUUAUUCAUUUUAAUUUAACCCUGAUGUAAGACAAAUUCAUAACUGCAAUAAGCAUCAAAGCAAUAGACAACAUCACCCACCGUCGUUCUUAAAGGGAAUGUACCCAUUGAUAUCGAUUGUAGAGGUUAUGAGAUAGCAUCUCUUGCCCAACCGUAAAAUUCAGCCGUUGAACUGCAACUUUUUGUUACACCCAACAGGCUUAUUUCCUCUGGCACCACAUAUUAGUCUCGUUCAAAUCAUAAGUUCCAUGGAACUACUGAGGGUGAAUGAAUAUGGAAAGAAAGGUGAGUUAGUCAUAGUCCCAGCUUUCCAAAAAGCCAUGAAGGUUGAAAUUCUGCCCUCUGGUUUGCUGAGGAAGUUCGUUUGGCCAGACCAACCUUUUCUCUUUGGGGGUUCUGAAACGUCACUUUGAUCUUCUUCGUGGAGUGGUUGGUCUAGAUUAAUAGACUUUCCGUAAACUAGAGGGCUGAUUUUCGGUUUUAACUUGUUGAACAGCUGAUAGUGCGACAGGCACAUUUUUUUUUUUUUUUUCGUUUUCCACUUUCAGAGAAAUAAGACCAAGAAACUGACUUGUGUAACGUCUGUACUCUCCACUCCGGACUCUCAUCUUGUGCAAAAAGGUAGUGAGUGAUGAUUAAGUACUCUGUAAAUACUCAAUCUCUACCCAGUAUAUCUCUUUUGUAUCAUGACAUUUCAGCUUAAAUUAAUGUCUGGUAAUUCAUUUUAACCAUAAGCAAAAUAAACUGAGAUACUGGUGUAUUGCUGCUAAGGAGUCUUCACCAUGUAAUUUUAUGUAUUUAGUUAUUUAUGUCUGAAAGAUGUUGAUUAUUUUUAUGAUUUUUAAUUUAUAAAGACGCUCGCUGCGUCAAUGGACUUUUGUAAUUUUUAAAAUUUAUAUAUUUGUAAUUGAAACUAUGUACAUCAUGAAUUUUUCAGAAACCUUGCGGAUUAAACUGCUCUUCAUUUCUCUUGGAA